AUGGAUGAGUGGAAAGCCAUUGGCGGGCAACGCUUGAUAGACGCUGAUAAAAACCAAGUAACCCCCUUCCCCCUUCACACCCUCGACUCCCAGACCCUUUACGCCUGGCACAUCCUCCCCCUGGGCCUCUACGUCCGGCAUGAAUCCGCCCUAGCCGCCCAAGACCGCUCUUCCAACGACGGGUUUGUGCCAGACAUCACCACCACCGUCAACUUCAAACUCCUGCGCGACGACCCCGAAGCGAGGCUGGUGCUUUAUUUCCAUGGCAACGCAGGCCACAUCACGCAAUCCAUCCGCCCGCGCUCCUUCCACGCUCUCACCUCGGUCUCGUCCAAGAUCCAUGUCCUGGCCAUCGACUACCGCGGCUUCGGCCUCAGCACGGGCUCACCGACGGAGCAAGGCCUGAUUCUAGAUGCCAGAGCGGCCGUCGACUGGGCUACCCAGGUUGCGCGGAUCCCACCGGAGAGGAUCGUGUUGUUGGGUCAUAGUCUAGGGACGGCGGUGGCGGCUGCUGCUGCUGCCGAGUAUUGUUGUACUUCUGGGGCUGGGCCUGGCUGUUGCUCAUCGGAUGAUGGAACUGAACCUAACAGAGACGAUAAUCACGAGACUCAGGCAAGGAGAGAAGAAGAACCGAUGGAAUUUGCCGGAAUCAUCCUCGUAGCUGCCUUCUCCUCCCUCCCCACCAUGCUCUCCGGCUAUGCCAUCGCCGGCUGGAUCCCCGUCCUUCGCCCGCUUUCCUUCUGGCCUUGGCUACUCGACAAACUCAUUUCACGCAUCGUGGACAAGUGGCCCAGCGCUGAGCGACUUACCCGCCUGACAAAGUCUGCUAAGACGGAUGGCCGGAGGCUGAAUCUGACGCUUCUUCACGCCAGAGACGACUGGGAUAUUCCAUGCCACGAAGAUGAUAAGCUUUUCAAGGGCGCGGUGAGGGGAUUGGUGGAGGCGGAUCUGGGGGUUGAAAAUCAGCAUGGAACGGGUGAGCAGGAGGUUGAGCACGAUGAUGAGCGUGAGAGGAUUAGAAGGGAGGAGGAGAGGGAGGUGGAAAGCUGUGUGGAGAACUUGUUAGAGAAGGAGAAGGGGAAGAGGACAGUGGAAAGGUGGAUGGGAGAUGUGAGGAAGGAGAGUGAGAGGGCGUUUGUGACGACGUGGGAGGAUGAGGGGGUGUGCAUUAGGCAGGAGUUAUGGCCUUAUGGUGGACAUAAUAAUCUCAUGUACUACGCGCCGGUGCCAAUGGCUGUUAUGAGGGCAUUUGGGCUUGCUGACCAGCCUGAACAUAGCCGGGAUUAAUGGCACAUUGGUAGCUCAUACGGAGACAUUUACGAAUAGACUUUCAGUUCA